UCAUCAUAAGCAACAUAGCCUCUUUAGCAAACCAGCUUCAAAACAAAACGUUACAUUGAAUUGCACGCAAAGCAAGACCGUGCAAUGCAUAUAUUGGUGACCGGAUUAAAGCAGCAAUGAAAUCAAGUGUGUAAGAGGUUUUAAAAACAACAUUAAAACCACCAACGUGGUACAAAUAGAAAGAAAAUACAUCUCAUCCCCCAUUAACUAUGGGCGCAGCCAUCUUUUUUGCGAGUUGUACAGCUCUGCUCGCUCUAUUUUGAAAGCGACGAGAUACUACGACCAAAAGGGGGCGUGCCUCAGUGAAAUGCCGCAAGAAAGCUGGGAGAUUUGCGACUUUACCACCUGGAAGCACCUACUGUAGGCACACAGCUAUCCUUACAGACUAUGCAGCUCCACUUUAAAAGUGAAGGUAUGUACUUUUACCUUGAGUACUUUUUAUUUCGAUGUCGAUUCUAGGGAGCAUAGAUUCUAGGCUGACGCUAGAUUCUACCUGUCCUUAAAAGCCUGGUCCUCUUUUCAAAAGCAGCAUGACCAGCGCCCUGAUAAAACACAAGUAAAACUUGGGAGUUGCAUUUCCAAGAUGGAAUCAGUCAAGAGCCCAGAAGGGUUUCUAGACGGACGCCACAGGAGCUGAUUUCUCAUUCUCGAACAGCAUGAAUUAAAAAUGUAUAAAAGGUAUUGUUGGGAAAAACGGUCUGUCUAGUUACUGGACCAGAUGAAAUGAGACGGAGAGGUAAUAAAGUCUGUCGGCACGAGGACCUUGGAUUUAUUAAGUAAAGUGGCAACGGUUAUACAGAGUCAUAAAGCGUGAGAAAUCGAAUAUGUCUAAGUCCCUAAUCAGCGCUGAUGGUUCGUCCGGAGCUUCGCCUCCGUGGAAGGUCUGCUUCAGAAGAAGAUGAAGAGUCUCCGUGUGAUACACUCUUAUGCUGUAUCCUCCUCUCGAUGAGAAGACGGUGAUGCCUUUGGAGAUGGCAGCACGCAGUGCGGCGCCACCUCGGAGAGUCUGCGUAUGGACGCCCCUGGCACCUACCACAGGGAGCUGAAGAUCCUGAGCGUCUAUGGAAAAGGGGAGGGCCCACUGGCAGUGGAAGGCCAUGACACCCUCUUUAUCGCAUCAGAAAUGGAGGCCCUGAACUCGCUCUCUGCGGACCACUGCGUGGCCACGAGCCUGGACCGCGGCAAGCGAUUGGUCUGCCGCAUGGAGCUGGGUGUGCAGCAGCCCCCUGGCACCAUUUCAAUCAAGGUUGAAGAGGAUAUUAGUGGAGAAGACGGUGAUGCCUUUGGAGAUGGCAGCACGCAGUGCGGCGCCACCUCGGAGAGUCUGCGUAUGGACGCCCCUGGCCACUACCACAUGUCCAAUCACAACAGGGAGCUGAAAAUCCUGAGCGUCUAUGGAAAAGGGGAGGGCCCACUGGCAGUGGAAGGCCAUGACACCCUCUUUAUCGCAUCAGAAAUGGAGGCCCUGAACUCGCUCUCUGCGGACCACUGCGUGGCCACGAGCCUGGACCGCGGCGAGCGAUUGGUCUGCCGCAUGGAGCUGGGUGUGCAGCAGCCCCCUGGCACCAUUUCAAUCAAGGUUGAAGAGGAUAUUAGUGGAGAAGACGGCGCCGCCUCCGAGAGUCUGCGUGUGGACGCCGCUGGCUCCUCCCACAUGUCCGGUCACGGCGAGGAACUGAAGAUCCUGAGCGUCUACGGAAAAGGGGAGGGCCCACUGGCGGUGGGUGGCCAUGACACCCUCUUCACAGGGUCCGAAGCGGAGGCCCCGAGCUCGCUGUCUGCGGACCACAGCGUGGCCAAGAGCCUGGACUGUGGUGAGCGGCUCAUUAAGCGUGAGGAGCUGACUGGGCAUCGGGGCGGCCGCAAGAGCCGGCCCGAUGUCUUGUGUCGCAAGAUUCUUCCCAACAACGCCAAGAUGAUCGACAACAUGCGUCACCACUCCGACGAGAAGCCGUACGGGUGUGAACAAUGUGUGGAGGUCUUCGGAGACCACUCCAAACUAAUGCUCCACAUGAGGACUCACACCAGCGAGAUGCCCUACAAGUGUGACCAAUGCGCGAAGAGCUUCGAAGUCCACUCCAGCCUGAAGAGACACAUGAGGACUCACACCGGGGAGAAGCCCUACAAGUGUGUCCAAUGCGUGAAGUGCUAUGCUGAUCGCUACAAUCUAAAGCUCCACAUGACGACUCACACCACCGACGGCAAGAAGCCCUUCAGGUGCGACCAAUGCAUGAAGUGCUUCGGAUAUAGCACCAGCCUGAUGCGCCACAUGAGGACUCACAACAUCGAGAUGCCCUACAAGUGUGACCAAUGCUUGAAGGGCUUUGUAGACCGCUCCAGCCUAAAGAUCCACAUGAUGACUCACACCGGCGAGAAGCCCUAUAAGUGUGAACAAUGCUUGAAGUACUUCAGAGGCCGCUUCAACCUAAAGAGCCACAUGAGGGCUCACACCGGGGAGAAGCCCUACAAGUGUCACCAAUGCUUGAAGUGCUACAGAGAAUACUCCACCCUAAAGAGCCACAUGAGGACUCACACCGGGGAGAAGCCCUACAAGUGUGACCAAUGCGGGAAGGGCUUCGGAGCCCGCUCCAAACUGACGAUCCACAUGAGGACUCACACCGGCGAGAAGCCCUACAAGUGUGACCAAUGCGGGAAGUGCUAUGCACGCCGCUGCAAACUAAUGCUCCACAUGACGACUCACACCACCAACGGCGAGAAGCCCUUCAAGGCCUUCAGGUGCGACCAAUGCAUGAAGCACUUCGUAUCUAGCACCACCCUGAAGCGCCACAUGAAGACUCACAACAUCGAGAUGCCCUACAAGUGUGACCAAUGCUUGAAGGGCUUUGUAGACCGCUCCAGCCUAAAGAUCCACAUGAUGACUCACACCGGCAAGAAGCCCUAUAAGUGUGACCAAUGCGUGAAGGGCUUCGAAGUCCACUCCAGACUGAAGACCCACAUGAGGAGACACACCGGGGAGAAGCCCUACAAGUGUGACCAAUGCGUGAAGUGCUACAGAGACCGCUCCACCCUAAAGAGCCACAUGAGGACUCACACCGGGGAGAAGCCCUACAAGUGUGACCAAUGCGUGAAGUGCUAUGCAGACCGCUACAGCCUAAAGAUCCACAUGACGACUCACACCGACGGCGAGAAGCCCUACAAGUGUGACCAAUGCGUGAAGUGCUAUGCAGACCGCUCCAGCCUAAAGAUCCACAUGACGACUCACACCGACGGCGAGAAGCCCUUCAGGUGCGACCAAUGCAUGAAGCGCUUCGGAUAUAGCACCAACCUGAAGCGCCACAUGAGGACUCACAACGGCGAGAAGCUCACAAUUGGGACCAAUGCGUGUAGUGCUUCAGAGAGAGCUUCAAGCUGAAGACCCACAAGAGGACUCACACCGGGGAGAAGCCCUGUAUGCAUUUGCAGUGCAGAGCCAGCUGCAUUGACCCAAGCAAUUUGGGUGUGCACAUUUUUUAGCAUGAUUAAAGAUGCUUUCCAACUUUGAUUUGCUUUGUAUAUAUUGUUAAUAAUAGAUGUCUGUGUAUGAUGAAUAAUUACUUCCUUGAUGCACAAUGUUGUUGGUCAAAAGCUUUUACUUAAAACAAACAAUCCCACAACAGUCGAUUCACUUGCACAACUCAAGCCUCCUUCCAGUCUGGAACUCUGACCCCUUAAGGAGCACCGGAAUGGUUGAGGCUCAAUUCCUCUAUGGGCCAAAGCUGCAGACUAUUACAGAACCAAGUGCAACGGACCACACAUAUUUCACCAAAUUAAACUUCGGUAUGAUCCAUGCAGCUAACAAUAUUCCCCAUUUCAUGUAAUUCAAGGAUAGACUACACUCCUAAUGAGAUUUCAUAAUUCAUAUUUGUACAUUCAGUUUAAAAAACAACCAGAGGUCAGGGAUUCUCUGAGGAUUUGCACACAAUGUAGAUAAUCAACACAUUUCUACCCAAUUAACAAUUGCCGGUAGAUCCAUUUAUACAUUUUAUUGGUUUCUGAUUGUGGCAGAUGAUUUAAUUCACAUUACAGAAAUGAUUCGCUUUAAUUAAUUUUCUAACAUUGGCUUACAUUGGAGAUGACAGUAGUUGCAAAUGCAAAGGCAAAAUACAUAUAACAGCAACAUUACCUUGUAAUUAUUACAGAGAUUGAGGGAGAAAUUUAGGUGGAUUUCAAGAGCGAUGAAAAGGACAUGACAGGAGACACAGAGAGCAAUCAAGAGGCCACUUUGCAAGGGGCAGGUGAUCCAGGGCCAGCUGCUCAUGUGCUGAACAUCACCCUUUCCAGGAUAUAAUUAAACAAACAAACUGUUAUUUCUACUAGCUAUCGCAUCAUAAAACCCGUCCGUAAAUAAACCUAAAUGAUCCUAGUAAUCCAACAUAAAUAACUAACUAAAUAAAAGUUAGAUUCACUACUGAACUUCGUAAUUGUUGGUGUAGAUACCUUCACAUGGCGAAGUCGAGCUCACAAACCAGCAGGCAAUCGGUCGUCUAUCAAGAUAAAAAAUAUAUAUAAUUACGCUUAUAUAUAAUUACCCGCACUUGGAACUCGGCACAAAGAUGGCGAUCUCUCUGCUCCACUUCACCACUUUUUUUCAAGGCGAGGAUAAAAGCAUAGAAAGAGGUGAAAACCACUAUAAGAUGGGGCAUGUGGAGAGUUUUAGUUAAAUAAGUACCAUCUCCGUGCCGAGUUCCAAGUGCGGGUGUGGUGACGUAUCGUAUAUCAUAUGCGUCGAGAGCAGCAAAGAGCUGUAGUACACAAAGUGGCCUCACAUAAAACCUAAAAUUAUCAAACUUCUUCACGAAAGUUUUUAGUUUUCUUUGCAUGAAAAAUUAUCAUCUGAACAUAUGUUUAAUCCAGGGCAUAUAAAGAUGGGACCAGAAAAUAAUUAUUUUCUCUCCAUUGACACCCAUUCAUAUUUUUCGACCGGAAGGGGCGUGACUUCGCCACUCCAUCCCUACGAGAGCUCCCCGCGCUACGGCCAUCCGGAGGCGCAGAGCUUUUUGCCGUGAUAUUAUAUUUAAGCAAUAGAUCACGCCAGGCUGUGGUAUGUAGUGAUGGGCAAAUUAAGCUUUUAUAAAGCAUUGAACCAGUUGAGCCAAUGUUUCGAAAAUGGGUUCAUUACUCGAAGCUUCAGUGACAGUGACCUCUGUUGGCGAAGUUCGAGGCUGCAGUGGAUUCAACGUAUCCCUGCUGCUUUGAAAACUCUUUGACGCACUAACACACAAACCCAAAUACUUAAUAGCAUGAUCUUUUCACGAAUAAAGAUUGAUCUAAAUACAGAUGUCUAAAUUGUUCUUAAAGGGAUAUGCCUAGCCUUCUGUCCAGAUAGGCUAACUGAUGUAGGCUAGGAGGAUAUAAUUGAAACAGCAUAUAAAAACUUUCCCCCCCAGGAAUGGGAUUCGAACCCGGGUCCUCCACUCCACAGUCAGUGUGUUAUCCCCUAGCCUACUCUAAUCGAUAUUUUACGUUGUU